AUGGAAAAGAUUAUUCCCUCGUCCACGGUUCUUGACUCGCCAGACUCAUUUCCGGCAGCAACGCCGCGGGAAAAGCAUUCAUCGCCAAAAAAGGUGCAGAAUGCCACCCAGAAGCCCAAGCAGACAAAAAGUCGCAAUGGUUGUAUAACCUGUAAAGCAAAGAGGUUGAAGUGCGAUGAAACAAAGCCCUCUUGCCAUCAGUGUGAACGGCGGAAGGUGACGUGUGGUGGAUAUAAAAGGGAUUUCAAAUGGCGGCCAUUUGAGGAAACCAACUUAAGUGCUGGGCGACCUCCAACUGCCAAGCCUAAAAAAAUAAAAAAUACUCAUGAUUCUCCAAUCUCAACAACGAUAUCCGAGAGUAUCUCAAUUCCUUCGACCUCAGGGCAGACUACUUCGCCGACUCGAGCGUAUGCUAGAAUAUCGGGCGUAACUCCCCCAGAAUCAUCACUAUAUAGCCAUAGCUCUCCUGCAAGUAUAAAGAGCUAUCUUUCUGGUGAUACUCAUUCUCUCGAUGACUUUCCUAUCAUCUCAGAAUUGUCUACCUCCAGCGAGGAUCCGGUCUCACGGAUAGCAGUUUCUCACUCUCUUGACUUUGACUCUAUGAACUUUCUUUCAUAUCCUGAGCCUUCUCAGCAAUCUACAUCAUUACUUCAUGGAGUAAUUUCUGACUCGGAGCUGGACUGUGGUUCUGUUCGUAUUCCAAUGCCCCUUGUUUCUAAUUCAUAUCGCCCUCCUCCGUCUGAAAUGAACUUCUCUCAGUUACUCGACAAUGAAAGUGAAAGCAUCGAAGAGAUUACUCGACGAUAUAACUCCAAUCAGAACUCACUUUCAAGUUCAAAUUUAAACUCUGGACCCUGGGGCUUCUCCUCUCCUCAUAAUAACGCCUUUGAUCUAUCACGACUUCCUGGUCAGCCUUCUCUGGCACCCGAAAGCCAGGAGAUGCUGGCGCUGCGAUUCGAUAAGCUUACUUGCGGUAUUUUAUCGAUAAAGGAUGGGUUGACAGAAAACCCAUGGCGCAAUUUGAUCUGGCCACUUGCUAAAGAUACUCCUGCCCUUCAACACGCUCUACGCGCACUAUCAGCAUUCCACUCGAUGAAGGAGAACCCUUCUCUACGAGUCCAGGGUGUGAAGCACAUGCGUCAAAGUAUCACUCUAUUGCGACGAAAUUGGCAGACUAUGCGGCCCGUCACUGCCUUGGCCACUAGCAUCGCACUGGCUUUUGCUGAUACGUGGAAUCAGAAUACUCGCACCUGUAUUCAACACCUGCGCGGCGCCAAGUCUUUAAUGUUCCAGGUCGUCAAUGUCGGGCUUCAGGGUGGCAUGGGCGAGGAGGACUUGGAUUGCAUUCGAUUUCUCUACAACACCUGGACAUAUAUGGAUGUUAUGGCUCGGCUUACCUCUCUGGAUGAUUCAGAUACUCCAGACAUUAAUCCAGCUAUAUUUCAACUCCCAGACGAUGCGGUCCAUGAGAUUGAUCCAUUGAUGGGAAGUGCGACUACCCUUUUUCCACUGAUUGGUCGCGUUGCCAGACUCGUGCAGCGAGCGCGGAAAACUACCUCUAAUUCUGUCUCAACUGUAUCUCAGGCCAUGGAACUCAAGUCGCUUGUGGAGCAGUGGGAGCCACCUCAUUGGUUUGAGCCCCCUGAAGAUCCCACCUCCGAGGUUCAGCACAGUAUUCAAGUGGCUUACGCAUAUCGUUGGGCCACCCUAUUGUAUCUACAUCAAGCUGUUCCAGAGAUGCCCUCUGAGUCUGCUGUGGAAUUGGCAAAACGGGUAUUGAUUCUGUUGGCAACAGUACCAUCAACCUCGCGAACUACCAUUAUCCAGAGGUUCCCUCUUCUGGCAGCUGGGUGUGAAGUUGACAUGGAAGAUGACCGCAAGUGGGUGAUGGAACGAUGGUCAACCGUCCAGUCUCGUCUCAUGCUAGGAGGCAUCGAUCGCUGUCUGGACGUUGUGCGGGAAGUUUGGUCUCGACGCGACGCGCUCAAGGCGCAGCAGGAGCAGGACUUGGCUGGCAAUCGGCGUUCUAGCCCCUUUUCAGGCGAGAACAAGAACAAAUCGAGCUCCACAUUCCAUCCACCAAAUAGUGGAAACUCGAGGGGAUUCAGUAGUCGUCCAAAUCACAACGAGCAGGAAAUAUCUAGCCGCGGGCGAUCGAGGUCAAUUGCAGCCAAUUCUGUUUCAAUAAGGAGGGGCUCUGCUCUGUCUCCGCUAGAGAACAUUCAGUUUGAACGAACUGUACGAAGUAGGUUACAUUGGGUGAAUGUCAUGGGAGAGUGGAAAUGGGAAGCAUUGAGGAAACUGAGUCUUUCUCCCCAGACUCUUCUCGACUAA